UGUGCUUUAAAUUUCAGUUAUCCAAUGCUUAUAAAACUUGUUCGAGGUUGAUUGUUUGUAGUUUCUAAAAUGGUUUUCGGUUUUUGAUUUUCUAAAAGUUACUUUUUUGCCUAUCAAGAUUUUUGAAAAAUAGAUUUCCUAAAUUUUAGAAAAACUAGAUUUUGAAAUAAUUACUUACUUCUUAGCAAAAACUAAAAACUACAUUUUCUUGGUUCCUUGAGCAAUGUAAGUGAUUUGUUUUCUUUUUUUUUUUUCUUUUUGCUGAAUUAAUAAUAUAUCUAUAUCUAUGCAUUAAUAUAGUAUAAACAACAAAAAUACAUUAGUGAUAACUAUUCCAAAAAUAGUAAGAAAAAAUAAACAAAAUUGUUUUUGUCUAUCAUGUAAAUUUAAAUUCUAAAAUUACAAAAUAAAAAUCAUCCAAACAAUCAUCACCUAAGUAAAAAGCAUUUGUACAUAUCAAUAACAUUUUAAAAAAUUUCAACAAAAUAAAAUUAAUUAUUUAAAUUUAAUUUAUGUAAAGUUUACAUGUUUUUUAAUAAUCUAUAGGUGUUAUUUGCCAAAAUUUAUAGUAAAUUUUUGCUAAUCAUAAAAAAAUCUUUAAUGUAGUAAGACUACUUUAUUAAUUAAAUGAUAUUUUAUUUAGAUUAAAAUAUUUGAAUUACAUAAAAAAAAUUUGUAACAAAAUUACAUAAUUUUUUUAUUUUACCAUUUAAAAAAAAAUAUACUUUUAUUUUUUAUAAAAUAUAAUUAUAAAUUAUCUAGAAUUAAAUCUACUUUAAAAUCUAGUUAUUGAAUAUUUAUUUUGUAAUAUUUAAAUUUCAUAAAAUUAUUAAUAUAGGAUUUUCUUAAUUAUCCCUAUAUAUUACAUGAAAUGUGUUAAAAUUAUAUUAAACAUAUAAAUAAAUAAAAAAUAUGUAGAAAUCAAUUUUUUUCAUGAUAAUAAUUAUAUAUUAAAAUUCAAAAAAAAAAAAUUACCAUUUAGGUUUUUAUAAAUCUAAAUUCUACAAUGAUGUUCGUGAAAUUGUUUUUGCAUUUAUAUAGAUUUAUGAUAGUUUUAUUUGUAAAUAUUGUUUCUGUUUUGAAAUAAUUUUAUCAAAUAAGUUUAUGUGUAUUUUGAUGCUAAUAUUUUAUAUUUUAUUAUUUUAGAGUAAAAUGUUAAUAAUAUUUUUAUAUAAAAUCAAAAACCAAAAACCAAAAUCUAAAGCAACCUUUCAUGAUUUUCAAAAAACUAAAAGCUACUGCAAAAUCAAAAACCAAAAAUUAAAAACUAAAAUCCAAAAUCUAAAAACCAAAAUCCAAAAACUAAAAACUAAAAUCCAAAAACCAUUAAAACAAUCAUCACCAAGCUUUUGUUUAAAUCAAGAGCUUUUGAUGGGUUUAAAGUUCUUUUACUCCUCAAGCUAAUUCGAUAAAAUAAUUUGUGUUUGACAAAAAAAUUAUAUUUGUCCAUUUUUCCAUGUUUUAAAUUUGAUAUAUUUUUAGCAUGUUUUAAGAAUUUUCUGUAACUCUUUUUUAUUUAUUUUUCUUAUCAAUAUAAUUAUUUUGCAACUUCAGUAAUUCGACUUUCAGAAUUUAUUUAGAGAAAUUUUUCUAGAUAGUUCUUUUUAGUUUAUUUUCGCAAAAAUGGACUUCCAAAAAGAAAACUAACCAAAUAAAUUUUAUUGAAUGGUAAAAAUGUAUUUAUACCUUUAGAGUUAAUUAAUCUAAGACUUAGGGUUUAGAGUUAAACGGUUAAAUUUUGGAGAUUUUUUCAAAUUUUUAAAAAUUAAAAUUAAAAUUUUCAAAAAAAAAAACUACUUUGGUCAUUUUAUUUUUUGAAAACUAUUUUUGUGACAAAAUUUUUUAAAAAAAUUAUUAGAGAGAAUUGCAUGUUUAAUUAUGUUUUAUAAACUGACCGACCACCUAUAAAAAAAAAUGGAAUAAAAAAAAGAAAUCUGCCUACUGCCGGGUCGGAUAAAAAAUCCAAUAUCCAUCGAAAUGUACAAAUACCAAAUAGUAACAUUUUUUAGUCUAGCAAAAAUCGCGGGAGGCUAGGGUUUAAAAUCAUCGUAUCCGCCAUGAAAACACGGCGGCAGCACGCCGCUGAGAACGCUCUAACAAUAUCUCGACGCAGUACACAAUCUCCGCUCUCCAUCGGAAACUCAGAGACGAUCCCAACUGAUCUCAUCAUCGAAGUCCUCUUGAGAUUGCCGCCUAAGUCUAUACCGAAAUGUCGAUGCGCAUCCAAGCUCUGGGACUCCAUACUCCGCCGCGCAGAUUUCACGGAGCUCUUCAUCACCAGGUCUCGUGCCCGUCCGCAACUCUUACUCUCCUGCGUAGAAAACGAGGAGCUGUUCUUAUUCUCGAUACCUCAAGAGGUCCAAAAUCAAGAUGUUGUAACCGCCAAUUAUCAUACGAGGUUCCCUUGUGGACGUUCCUCUAAAAUAAUCGGUCCGGUUCGCGGUUUAGUCUGUCUUACACAUCUUCGUAAGUACAAGAAAACGGCGCCGGUUAUAUGUAACCCUAGCACUGGUCAAUCAUUACCUCUACCCAACGUGAAGACCAGGAGUACUCUCGUGAACACUUUUCUUGGAUUUGAUCCAGUUGGUAAACAAUUCAAGAUAUUGUCCAUGACCACACGGGAUUAUAUCAAUUGUGAAGAGCAUCAAGUUCUGACUUUAGGGACUGAGAAAAAGAUGUCUUGGAGAAAGAUCGAAUGUUCUAUAUCCCAUUAUUUUAGGCAUAUUAAUCAUGGGAUAUGCAUCAAUGGUGUUGUAUAUUAUGUAGCUGGUCUCAAUGAACCUCCAAUGGCUAACGGUAUAGUUUGCUUUGAUGUUAGGUCUGAGAAGUUCAAAGUUAUUAAUAGAGAUGCUGAGAAACAUGAAUGGUCGAAGCAUAUAUCCAUAUGUCUGCCCCUGCUGUGGAAUAACAUAGUUGCAAAUGCCACUUUAUUCUUUGUUGGAGUCACUGGCACAGAUGAAAUCGUGUUGUCACCGAAGUAUGUAUCCGAGCCUUACUGUUUCUAUGUUUACUACUACAACAUCGAGAGCAAUGCAAUCAGAAGAGUUGAAAUCCAAGGAAUGGAUGCCUUUAGGCAUUGUCAAAUUCGCCUUUCUCUAAACCAUGUAGAGGACGUGAAGCUUUUGCAAUAUAUUUAGGACUUUAUAACAGGUCAUGGGGCCUUACUUCUCCUUAUGCUAUUUGAUGUAUUUUCUCUGUGUUUUGUUUUUUUUGUUGUGAUGGAUGGUCGAGACUGUAUCAAUCUCUGUGUUUACAAUUUAGCCUUUUGAAGUCUUCUCUUCA